AAUGAUAUCUUGCCCCGAGAACAUAGACUUUCCGCAUGUUUUUUUUUCCUUUCACAGGAACUGCCGAUACAAAGGCCUGGCUGGGGAGAAAUCCCGAGCCACCUGUGACAUCAAGAUCAAGAUCAAGAUCUACUCAGUGAAGAAGAGCCACAAGGGAACUUAUAUAAUUUAACUACUUAUUCUGUUUUCCUUCUCUUUAAGUGUCACUGUGCUGAGAGAUGAAUUACAUAAGCAAUUAAAUACACAGGUACGCUAUGGCCCUGAGACUGCUCACCCCUCAUCUGUCCUCUGCUGCACUUAAUGACCUCAAGCACGCCCGCCUCCUUCUGCCUUGCCCAAGAUAUACCAGUGUCCUCAGAAGCUACCAUGCCAUAAGUUCAAGGCGAUACACUGCCAUGGGAGCCUUGAGGACGAGACCAGCCACUGAGAAAUUUGUCAUCAAACAAAGCCAAGUCACUCUCAGCUCCAGUGUUGGGCCAAACCAGUGCUGGAGUUGUCAGUCAGUUAUUCCCACUGAUACUGAAUUCUGCCUCAGCUGCAAGAGCUUGCAGCCACUGAACAAACAAAGAGACUACUUCACUGUUCUUGGGAUCCAGAAGAACUUUAGUAUUGACACCAAGGCUCUGGCAAAAAGGUUCAGAAUGUUGCAGGCUCAGUAUCAUCCUGACAGAUACACACUUAACCCUGAGAGAGAGCAACAGUUUGCCCAUGACCACUCAUCUGCUGUCAACAAGGCGUACCAGUGUCUCCUGCACCCUGUAAGUCGUGCAGUGUACCUGCUGGACCUAGCUGGACAGCCUCUGCACGAAGGCCAGGUCGAUAUGAACUUAGAGUUCCUAAUGGCAGUAAUGGAGAUGAACGAAGAGCUUGCCGAAGCAGAGGACAAAGACACCAUUCAAGCUAUACGCCAGCGCAACAUGACAAUUCUGGACAGCUUAUUAAAGUUGGGCUGCAUCUACAGGAACUGCCGUGGUAUCCUUUCUGCCCCUAAUGUCGGGGAAUACUGUGCUCCAGGUCAUUGUAGAGGGGCCACAUUGGGUAUGAAGGCAGUGGUGAGUCUUCAAUCUUCUGAAGGAAGUUUCCACACGAGAGGCUGACAUAUUUCUCAGGUAUGGACUGUUGACUAACAUUGGCCUACUGCUGAAACUGUUGGCUCUGAGAUUCAUAUUCAGUGUUGAGCUCCCAUUACCACUACUACCCAAGGCCACUGAGAAGAUUGUCCGGGAUUUCAUAAGGUCACCAAGAAGAUUGUCCGGGUUUUCAUAAGGCCACUGAGAAGAUUGUCCG